GGAGAGUGACAACAACAACAAUCGUGGCGGGCAACACUCGGCUCCAACACUUGGCACUCUCCAGCCUCCCACCACAACCACCACUUCCAUAGACCACCACACGUGACCUCAACCUUGUCAGUUCCAGGUGCCCUUUAAGCACACACCCUCAGGAGGAGGGAGGCAUUGCAAUCAGCCCAAGGUUAAAAAGUGCCCAAAUACUAGUGAAGAUGUUUUGGUAUAUGGUGGUGGGAUUUUCAUGCCUCAAACUUCUCCUGAUUCCUGCAUACCACUCUACAGAUUUUGAGGUGCAUCGCAACUGGCUGGCCAUUACUCACAGUCUUCCCAUUGAUAAGUGGUAUUUUGAGCAGACGUCAGAAUGGACUCUUGAUUACCCUCCUCUCUUUGCCUGGUUUGAGUGGCUGUUGGCCAAGAUAGCAUGGUAUUUUGAUCCCCAGAUGCUUCAUGUCAUGAAUCUCAACUAUGCUUCAGAUAUGACGAUCCUCUUUCAGCGUCUCUCUGUAAUAGUAACAGACCUGGUGUAUGCAUAUGGCUGUAAGAUAUGCUGUGAACAAGUUAGUCGAUCCCUCAGCAGGAGAGAGGAUGUGGUGUACCAGCUCUUUCCUAUUUUGUUUGGUAAUGCUGGGCUCCUGUUAGUUGAUCACAUCCACUUCCAGUACAAUGGCUUCCUAUAUGGCAUCUUGUUCCUGUCUAUAGCAAGAUUGCUGCAGAGACGGGAAAUUGAAGCCGCACUCUGGUUUUCUGUUCUGCUGAACCUGAAACACAUUUACCUAUAUGUUGCACCAGCAUACUUCGUGUACCUCUUGCGUUCCUACUGCCUCUCCUCAACCCUCGAAGGGCACGUACGGUGGCAGUCACUCUCAGUGCUUCGGCUGGUUAAGCUUGGAACAACAGUAAUAGCAGUGUUUGCCUUCUCAUUUGGGCCAUUUAUUGUGAAGGGACAACUUAACCAGGUUUUGUCUCGGAUGUUCCCUUUCAAACGUGGUCUGAGUCAUGCUUACUGGGCGCCUAACUUCUGGGCACUCUAUAACUUUGCUGAUAAGGUUUUGGAAUAUAUUGGUAGAAAGCUUGGUUGGAUAUCAUCAACGGGAAGAGCAGCCAUGACGGGUGGAUUAGUUCAAGAAUUUGAUCAUGCCAUUCUUCCUUCUAUAUCACCGUUCAUCACCCUCGUAGCUACAUUGAUUUCAAUAAUGGUAUGGUUUCUUAAUUUCUAUUCAACGCUGGUUUUGAAUCCACAUAAUCCAUGGCAAUUUGUGCGUGGACUAGUGCUCUGUGGAUUUGGCUCAUAUAUGUUUGGCUGGCAUGUACAUGAAAAAGCCAUACUCUUAGUAAUUUUACCUCUUGGGUUGCUGUGCAUGCAGCGUCGUGUUGAGGCACAGGUGUACAUCAUCAUGAGUGUUGUCGGCCACUUCUCACUCUUCCCGCUAUUCUUCACACACCAUGAGACCCCAAUUAAGGUGUGUGCUCUGCUGUUACAUGCUGUAUGUACUGUUCACAUCCUGCAUGGCCACUGGCUGGAAGGUAGAAUGAGCCCUCUGAUUCCACACAUUCCUCUCUGCAACUUUACAGAAACUGUUUAUUUAUUUGGUCUAAUUCCAAUAUUCUUUUAUCAACAAUUAGGUCAUAAUAUGCUAGAUCCAAAGGGAAAGAUGCCAUUUCUUCCUCUUAUGCUCAUAUCUGUGUAUUGUAGUGUUGGGGUGAUGUACUCCUGGCUGAAAUAUUAUAAUUUUGUUUUAAACCCAAGAAAGGGAAAGAAGAAAGCUCACUGAGAAAUAUGCUAUAUUUAAAAUUGUGAAAUUGAUGAAGCUGCAAGAUUGGUUAUAGGCAUGUGUGUAUGUAUGUAUGGAUGCAGGACCAAGUUUGAGAUUCUCUUAUCGGUAUCUACUGUAUUUUCCAAUAUAAAAUUGUAUAAUACUCAGAA